UCAGCAUAUCUGGGGCAAUGGUUUUCCUGUUAGCUUAGUGAGACUAAUAACGGCGUGAACAAAAAUGGUUGCUUAUUGCCCCAUCUGUGGAAAGCCAGUUUAUUUUGGAGAAAAGAAGCGCUCCCUUGGAAGAGAUUAUCAUCCACUAUGCCUGAAAUGCUACCAGUGCAAGAGGCAGCUCAGCUCUGGACAGCAUGCAGAGCAUGAUGACAAGCCCUACUGCACCCACUGCUACAUGAAGCAAUUUGGGCCCAGAGGACCGAGACGGUGAGCAUCUCCCAAGUUCCAGGGGUGGCAGCUUUAUAUAGACAUUCAUCUUACAGCCAGAAGACAUCUCAGAAGAGUGACAACACCUUUAAUUUGUCGCCAGAAAUUGCUUUGAAGGCUUCAGCACGUGGCAAAGAGAACUGGAUGUGUUGAAGUCAGGGUGCGGGCUUUGGGGUGGGGGGGAGCUCAGUAGCAAAGAAAUUAUAUAAAUAUUACAUGGGAUUGUUUCUGUUUUUGUGUAUAUAUACACAAACUCAUAUGUCAUGUGUAAAUGUUUUAAAGAUGUUACCAACAUUAUGUUUACAGGUAUAGUAAUAUGAGCCACUGGCAGCAUAUAAAAUAAAAAAUAUAAAAGAUCUGGCUUAGCUUUAUACUGGCACUGCCAACCCUUGAAUAGAGGCCAGUGUUCAGCUUUUUUAUGGGCACCCUUAGGACGAGUUAGAAUGCCCCACCUACAUUAUCUGAUGUGGUUUGUCUACAUGCUUGGGUGAUACGUGGGUCCUCAUGUGAGACCUGGCAUUAGAUGAGUAAUAGAUGGUCAACUGCAGCUUCAACAUGUUAGCUCUUCAAUGUAUUACUUUUAUUAUUAAAUGGUAUGAAUGUGCAGGAAGGA